CCCGAGGCGGGGUCUGUGCUGAGUGCGCCGAGCCCCGCAGGUCGGGCUCCUCGCGGGGGUGGGUGCCGAUCGGGCGACCCCCUUUGUCCAGUGCUGAACCCACGAGACCUUGGGUUCAGCUGGGGCACCGGCCGCCGGAUCGCUGGAUCCACGGUGCGGGACGUCCUCGGAAGCGUGGAUCCGGUGCCCGUCUCCUAGAUGGUGCAGGGAGUCCUGGAGGCACAAGGGAGGUUGGAUGGGCAGCAUGGAUGACUGGCACACAGCCUUCACCCAAAACACACUUGUCCCUCCUCACCCACUGAGAGCGCGCCAGCUCGGGAAGGAGUCCACAGCAUUCCAGUGUGUCCUGAAGUGGCUGGAUGGGCCACUCAUUAAGCAGGGAAUCCUGGACAUGUUGUCAGAGCUUGGAUGCCACCUGCGAGUCUCUCUCUUCGAUGUCACCUACAGACACUUCUUUGGGAGGACAUGGAAAACCACGGUGAAGCCCACCAAUCAACUGUCCAGGCAGCUGCCCAGGAUCUUCUUCAAUGAGCCUUUCUACUUCCACACGACCUUGAACCACCCGAACAUCGUGGCUGUGGUAGAAGUGGUCACUGAAGGCAGGAAGAGGGAUGGCUCCCUGCAGGUGCUGUCCUGUGGGUUUGGAAUUCUUCGCAUCUUUGGCAAUAAACCAGAAUCUCCCACCUCUGCUGCCCAGGACAAACGGUUGAGGCUGUACCACGGCACCCCCAGAGCCCUUCUGCACCCACUUCUCCAGGAUCCCAUAGAACAGAGCCAACACCUGACAGUGAUGGGGAACUCUAGCUUGCAGUACACCCUGAAGCCACACCCACCCCUGGAGCCAGCCUUCCACCUGCUCCCCGAGAAUCUCCUGGUGUCUGGCCUCCAGCUGAUCCCUGGCCUCCUGCCUCCUCACGGGGACACAGGGGAUGCCCUGCGGAAGCCUCGCUUCCAGAAGCCCACCACGUGGCACUUAGACGACCUCUUCUUCACCCUGUACCCCUCCCUGGAGAAGUUUGAGGAGGAACUUGUGGAACUGCUCGUCAGCGACCACUUCCGGGAGGGGGUCAGCCUGCUGGAGGGCGGCACACUAGAGGUCCUGGAGAGGCGCCUGCACGUCUGUGUCCACAACGGCCUGGGCUUCGUGCACCGGCCGCAGGUGGUUGUGCUUGUACCCGAGAUGGAAGUGGCCUUGACACGCUCGGCCAGCUUCAGCAGGCGAGUCAGCGCCUCUUCUAAGAGCAGCUCUGGAAACCAGGCUCUAGUUUUGAGAAGCCGCUUGCGACUCCCGGAGAUGGUCAGUCACCCAGCAUUUGCCAUCGUCUUCCAGCUGGAGUACGUGUUCAGCAGCCCGUCUGGGGCGGAUGGCAGUGCAGGCUCGUCCACCUCUAUCUCCAGCUUGGCAGGCAUGCACAUGGUUCGCUGGGCUGUCUGGAACCCCGAGCUGGAAGCGACCUCAGGAAAGGUGACUCUGCCUCUUCAGGGUGGGAUCCAGCAGAACCCCUCACGCUGUCUGGUCUAUAAGGUGCCUUCAGCUAGCAUGAGCUCUGAAGAGGUGAAGCAAAUGGAAUCAGGAACCAUCCAGUUCCAGUUCUCGCUGAGUCCGGACAUCCCCACAGAGCAGCAAGUCAAUGGCCCCACGGCAGAGCGGCAUUCCUCCAGGAAGAUCCCCGUGUCCCCUUCAGGCACACCAGCGCCAGCAGCCCGGGACCUUGCUGCGACCCAGGACUCUCCUGUGGGACCAGGGCUGUCACUGUCCCAGCUGGUGGCCUCCCCACAGUCUCCUGCUCCACGCAGCAGCUCUUCCACCCCCCGCCUUGGUCCCUGGACAGCCCCUCAGUCCCUUCAGGGUCCCCAGCUCCAGGUAGAAUCCGUGUUAGAGGCCGGGGUCUCCCACCUGGAAGCUGACCUGAGCCAGACGCCUCGGUUCUGGGGAACGCCUGCUGUCGAUCAUCUGCAGGAACUCCCCUUCACUCCCUUGCACGCCCCCAUUGUUGUGGGAGCCCAGACCAGGAGCUCCAGGAGUCAGCUCUCGAGAGCUGCAAUGGCGCUCCUUCGGUCAUCCGGCUUCCCUGAGAUUCUUGAUGCUUGCCAGCAGCCGGUGGAAGGCGUCAAUCCCAUAGACCCUGUGAGAUUCAACCCUCGGAAGGAGGAGUCGGAUGGUCUUCAAGGGAAUGAGAUAGUGCUGCAGUUUCUUGCCUUCAGCAGAGCGGCCCAGGACUGCCCAGGAGCACCAUGGCCACAGACUGUGUAUUUCACCUUCCAGUUUUACCGUUUCCCACCUGAGACCACUCCACGCCUGCAGCUGGUCAAGCGUGGGACAGGCAAGAGCAGCUCCGGUUCCCUGUCCCAUGUCCUCGUCCCCAAGCAAGACGGCUCCUUUGAUGCUG